AUGGCAUCGUCUUUCUUUUCCGACUUUGGUCUUAUGUGGUAUCUGGAGGAGCUGAACAAGAAGGAGUUCAUGAAAUUUAAGGAGCUUCUCAAGCAAGAGAUUUUGCACCUUGGACUCAAGCACAUUCCUCGGAUGGAGGUGAAGAAGGCUUCCCGGGAAGACCUUGCCAACUUACUGAUGAAGUAUUAUGAAGAAAAGCAAGCCUGGAAUGUGACCUUUGAAAUCUUCCAGAAGAUAAAUAGGCUGGAUCUCUGCGAAAGGGCUGCCAGAGAGAUUGCUGGACACCCAAAGAUCUAUCAAGCUCACAUAAAGACUAAGUUCAUCGGCAUUUGGUCCAGAAAAUUCACCCCUAUGGUUCACGAUUUCUUUGACCAGGAAAUCACCCAGGAAGAACAUGAUUAUUUUGAGUACUUUUUUCCAUCAAAGACAACUGGGAACCGCUCCCACAUACUGCUCCUGAAAGGGGUCCCAGGCAUAGGGAAGACAAUGAUGCUGACGAAGUUAAUGCUGGCCUGGGCGGAAGGCAAAAUCUAUCAGAAUAAAUUCACAUACGUCUUCUACUUCUGCUGCCAAGAAGUGAAGCCACUGACAACAAGUCUGUCUGAACUAAUCUCAAGAGAGUGGCCUAACCCCUCAGCUCCCAUAGCAGAGAUCAUGUCCCAACCUGAGAAACUCCUGUUCAUCAUCGACAGCUUUGAAUGGCUGAGAUGCGAUUUGACUGAGCCAGAGUCAGAGCUGUGCACUGAUUGGAUAGAGGAGCGGCCAAUGAAGACACUGCUGAGCAGUUUGUUCAGAAGGAAGAUACUCCCAGAGUCCUCUCUGCUCAUCGCCGGUACCCCAGAGAGCCUUCAGACACUGGAGAAUAAGUUCGAGAACCCAGAAAUCAGAACCAUCAUAGGGUUUGAUGAGAGCAAUAGGAAGCUGUUUUUCCGCUGUUUGUUUCCAGAUAAAUACAGAGCUCAGGAAGCUUACGGUUUUGUGAGAGAGAACGAGCAGCUGUUCACUAUCUGCCAGAUCCCCCUGCUCUGCUGGGUGGUAGCCAUGUGUCUGAAGCAAGAGAUGGAAAAGGGGAAUGACCUGACCCCCAUCUGCCGAAGCACCACCUCCCUGUAUGUCGCUUACAUCUUGAACUUGUUCCUUCCCAGAGGCACUUGUUACCCAAGUAAGAAGAGCCAAGAGCAACUGCAGGGCCUGUGCUCCCUGGCUGCCGAGGGCCUGUGGACUGACACAUUUGUGUUUAGCGAGGAGGCUCUCAGGAGAAACGGAUUGGUUGACUCUGAUGUCCCCGUAUUGCUGAACAUCAAGAUUCUUGUAAAGAGCAGGGAAUCGGAGAACUCCUACACAUUUCUUCACCCGUCUGUCCAGGAGUUCUGUGCUGCUGUGUUUUAUCUCCUGAAGAGGCACGUGGACCACCCUAGCACUGAUGUUAAAUGCAUAGACAUACUCCUGAUUAUGUUUCUAAAGAAAGCACAAGCACGGUGGAUUUUUGUGGGGUGUUUCAUAUUUGGCCUUUUACAUGAAAUAGAACAAGAAAAGCUACGGGUGUUUUUUGGCUGCCAGAUAUCCAAGGAGAGAAAGCAGCAGCUUCACCAGUGCCUGGAGACCUUAAGUAAGAGCGAAGAGCUUUGGGAGCAGGUAGACUGCCUGAAGUUGUUUUACUGUCUGUUUGAGCUGCGCAAUGAAGCCUUUGUCAUUCAAGCGAUGGACUUGAUUCAAGAAGUGAAGUUUGAGAUCAAGGAUAACUCAGAUUUGAUAGUUUCUGCCUACUGCUUAAAACACUGCACUGCACUGAAGAAACUUUCGAUUUCAGUACGUGAUAUCCUCCGGGGAGAUCAAGCACCCAAAUCGAUGGCAAAUAGACUCAUCUGUUGGCAUCAGAUAUGUUCUGUACUCACAACCAAUGAGAACCUCCAGGUGCUGCAGGUGAAGAACAGUGGCCUCAAUGAGUCGGCCUUUAUGAUCCUGUAUAACCAGCUGAGGCAUCCCAACUGUCCCCUUCAAGUCCUUGAGAUAAACAAUGUUUCCUUCUUCUGUGAUAACCACCUGUUCUUUGAGGUGUUCCUCCAGAACCCUAAUUUGAAGCAUUUGAACCUCAGCCUCACAGUCCUUUCACACAGUGAUGUGAAACUGCUCUGUGAUGUCUUGAACCAUCCAGAGAGCAACAUAGAAAAGUUACUGCUGACCGACUGUAACCUCUCCUCCAGUGACUUUGAGAUCUUUGCCCCAGUCCUGAUCAGCAACAAGACGCUGAAGCAUCUUAAUAUUGGAUCCAACCACUUGGACAAAGGGAUACAGUCACUGUGCCAGUCUUUAUGCAGCCAAAACUGUAUCCUCAAGUUCCUGGUGUUGGCCAACUGUCACCUCAGUGACAACAGUUGGGGAUACAUCCGUGAAGUUCUUCUGACAAACAAAACCCUGAGCCACCUAGACCUCAGUUCUAAUUCCCUCAAGGAUGAAGGACUGAAGAUUCUCUGUGAAGCCCUGAGUCUCCCCGAAAGUGGCCUGAAAUCACUGUGUUUGAGAAACUGUCUCAUCACUGCUAGUGGCUGCCAAGACCUGGCUGCAGUCCUCCGCAGCAAUGGCAACCUGAGAAGUCUGCAGAUCUCAGAAAAUAAGGUAAAGGAUGCUGGUGUAAAGCUGCUGUGUGACGCUGUGAAGCAUCCCAACUGCCACCUAGAGAACCUAGGUCUGGAGGCCUGUGAGCUAACUGGUGCCUGCUGUGAGGACCUAGCUUCUGCUUUUACCCAGAGUGAGACCCUGUGGGGACUUAACCUGUUGGAGAACACCUUGGACAGCAGUGGGGUGAUUGUGCUGUGUGAGGCCCUGAAACAGCCAAAGUGUAACCUGCAUGUACUUGGCCUGAGAGUAACUGACUUUGAUGAGGAAACCCAAGCAUUUCUGAUCGCUGAGGAAGAGAGAAAUCCCUACUUAACAAUCAUAAGCAAUGUGUAA